CCGCCGCGCGCUCUGAUGAAGUCCGGGGACGUGCGUCCAGUGAGUGAGCUCUCCCUUCUCUCGCCUGCAGGCAGCACAGUGUCCCUGGGUUCGUCGUCCGUGUCUCUCUCCCAGCUGUCCCUGAGCUCCCCGUCCAAAGCCGUGGACCCGCUCUCCGUCCUGACCCACAUCCUCGGGCAGCCCGUCCCCCGGGGCGGCGGGCGGGGGGAGUUUGUGUGCGGCAAAUGCGUGAGCGUCCUGGAGCGGGUCUUCAAGUUCGACUCGGUGAUAGCCCGGGUGAGGGUGCUCUCGUCCGAGAGGCUGCAGAAGCUGACGCAGGAGAGGGACAAGGUCAGGCGCUGGGUGCGCCAGAACUACUACCAGAGACACCCGGGGGACGUCCGCAGCCGGGGCGGCAGCACCAGCGAGGAUGAUGAUGAGGACGGCGGCGAGGCGGAGAAGGAGGGCUACAGGGAGAUGCUCAAGGAGAACAUGGCGCUCUCGGAGUACGAGUGCUGGUCCGAGAAGUGGGACGCGUGCCCGUAUUUCAGCAGGACGGGGAAGAGGUGCAGAAAUGGAAAAGGCUGCGAGGGCUGCGACGCCCUGCGGGUGUCCGACUCGGACUACGAGUCCGUGUGCGGCCUCCCGCGCCGCUUGCCUCUGCAGCCCUUCUUGCCGCUGGCGAUGUCGCGCGACCGGUCCCAGAGCAUGCCCCUCCACUGGCGCAGGGUGAUGUCCCUCGGCUCCGACCUUUCCUCGCCGGCGGGGUCCACGCUGUCCCUGCAGACGUCCUCCCGCACCGAGUCUGUCCACUCGCUGGACUCCCUCGACGGCAACGACCCGUUCGACCCGCCGGGCGUGCGCUCGAACAACUUCUGGCUGAUGGAGCUGCGGGGCAUUGAGGGAGCGCCGGUCUGCUCGCCGUCGGGGAGCCGGAUCCCGGUUCUGGACAGGAAGUUCUCGGGCGCCGCCGGCAGGACGGGGUCACCCUCGGUGAACCGGGCGCUGCGCUUCGAGGGUGUUUGGGAGAACGGAGACGUGGACGGAGAGGACGCGGAGCUGAGGGAUGAGUUCAUGCCUCUUCAUCGAGUUGGCUCCACUGGCAGGGUUCACCACGCCGUCAGGCACCUGCGAGGCCAGCUGGACCGAGCUGUGGCCCACACCAGGAGCCCGGAGGGCCGAAAAUCAGAAAUCAAUGGAUCAGGCGACUGGAUCCCAUCGCUCCAGGAGGCCGAGGAGAAGGAGGGCGGCGGCGCCCUGCUGCGGAGCCUCGGUCGCUCUUUGCACAGCCGGGAGCGUGUGAUCCAGGAGUGUGUGGGUCUGAUCCGAAGACUGAGUGUUGAGGAUGGAGGAGGGGUGGAGCUGGCCAACAAGCUGACGGAGUAUCUGAAGGAAACUCAAUCCAACGACAAGGCCGCGCUGCAGACUCUGACUUCUGAAGCGACUGAGAAGGAGAGGAGCAUGGAGAGGGAGAUCGAGUCACUGCGAAAGGCCGGGAGAGACCGAGAGAGAGACCUGGACACGCUCAACGCCGUGCUGCAGUGCAACCGGGACGUUCUCGACGACCUGAGAGUGUCUCUGGAGGAGAAGGAGCGCUUGCUGAAGGAGGUGGAGAAAGAGAAGGAGGUGUGGCGGCAGAGGGACCACGCCCUCGCCGCCGUGCUGCAGGAGAAGGAGGCUUUGAUCCGGGAGCUGGCCAGCUCUCAGGAAGGCGUGCAGGGGUUUACUGGAGACAUGGAGGGAAAUGGCGCCACCUUGUGCACGGAGGUCACCAAACUCACAUCAGCCCUGCAGGAGUACCAGGACAUGGUGCAGGAUCAGCAGGCGAGCCACAGUCAGACGGUGUCCUCUCUGAGGGAUGAACUCAGGGAGACUCGGCGGGAGCUGAGGGCAAAAGAGAAGGAGAAGAAGGAGGCGGAGAGGACCGUGCAGAACGACAGGGAGGACCGAGAGAGAGAGGAGAGGAAACUGAGGGACAGUCUGGAGAAGAGAGACCGGCUCAUCGAGCAAAUCCUCUCAGACGCCGAGAAUCGUGACGGUCUGUUGGUCGAGCUGCAGCAGAACCUGCAGAACCAUGAGGAACAUGUGACCGCCGUGCAACUCGCCCCGUGAGAGAGGACGACUCCUUCCGAACGCACAGAGGACCAAGAUCACUUUUUGCACUUUCUGCACCAACUUCAGCCAGCCAUUUAAUAUUUAUCCCCUCUACAGUUUAGAGGUUUGCUUUUUGGGGCAAUUUUCCACGUUACUACUUGAUUUACUGGAGGGAAUCUGUAUUUUCAGACUUGAGAGUCAAACAACCCGAUGUUUUCAGUAGAAGUCACGUCUGUAUUGUGAAACUGGAUGUUUAAUACUUUAUUCAAGAAAUCGGACGAUUACUUUAUUUUUUUAAAUUUUUUAUGUAAUGGGUGUGAUAAGGUAGUGAUGGAAUUUGAUUUUUCACAGCGGGAUUGCUGAUAUGUUUCUGAAUGGGGCGAUUGUGGAUCCUGAGUUGCAUUAAUUGUGUCUUUAUGACAUUGCUUUAAAUCUAUAUUUAUUUUUGGUUUCUCUUUCUCGGUUCAGAUCUUUCGUUUGUUUAUGGAGCGAUCACAAGUCUCUUGAAGGGAAGUAUAAAAACUCAGAUUUUUUUUAUCCCCUUUUCUGCUUUAUCAUAAAUGUGUACGUGUUUUGUGUUGUUAGUGCUGGACUUUGUUUCUGGAGACAUUUCCAUUUUUUUUUUUUUAGCUCAAGAGAAUUAAAACUC